UAUCCAAGCAGUCCAAGUGUGGCAUUUAACCACCUACUCGCGCACAGUCACACCGAUUUUCAGUUUUCGAGAACACAGUUUGAAGAACUUUAUGCGGAAUUUUGGGGAUUGGAGAAUUUCGACGAGUCCAGGCAGGGAUUACUAAAGUCUCGCCUCGCCCAGCGUGCGCCAUCGAUUUCGGCGUGAAACCUCGAGCGCCGUCGCCCGGGAAUCACACACACAGACACCUAAUCGGGCACACCCCCACACAAAACGAGCAGACAGGAGGAUUUUCCGCUGGCAAUUACUCGGUUGACGGGCGGUUAACUUAACGACGGCCAUCGCCAUGACGGACCGCGAGCGAAGCAUUCACGAGAUGCUGAAGGAUGCGCCCUCGCUGAACGACAGCUGCGGAGCGGUGCACACGGGCACCGAAGGUGGCAGCCUGGUCCUUGGAAGCGCCAGCAGCCACGGCAUAGCCGGCGGAGGUGGUGGAGGUGGUGGCGGCAACGUUGGAGUUGGUGUCAGCGGCCCCUUUGGCGCCCCCAGCAGUCUGCCGCUAAGGAACCAUUCAGCACCCACCACACCCAUGUCGCCCAGUAGUCCACCAUCCGGAAACGGCAUCCUCAGCCCCACGGACAGCGGGAGCGGCAGCAUUAUACGCACUAGCGCCUCCAAGAUCGACAGUUUGAAGAACUGGAGUAUAUCGACGUACAAGUGUACGCGACAGAUAAUGCUGGAGAAGUUGGGCAAGUCGCAGCGGACCGUGGACUCGGAACUGGAGGCCCAGAUUGAGCAGUUGCGCGAGACGCAGCGCAAGUAUCUGUCCAUCUUGAGGCUAACGCGGGCCUUCAGCUCGCACUUCCAGCACGUGGUCGUCACACAGCACGCCCUGGCCGACUCCUUCGCCGAUCUGGCCCAGAAGAACCCCGAGCUGCAGAAGGAAUUCACGUGCAAUUCGGAGACGCAGCGCAAUCUUACCAAGAACGGCGAGCUGCUGCUCAAUGCGCUCAACUUCUUUAUUUCUUCGGUGAACACGCUGUGCAACAAGACGAUUGACGACACGCUGCUGACGAUACGACAGUACGAAACGGCCAGAAUCGAAUUCGAUGCCUACCGCAUGGAUUUGGAGAACACCAAGCCGGAGCUGACGCCCUCGGCCGCCGCUCUUGAGGAGACCCAGCGCAGCUAUGCGCAGCACAAGGAGCAAUACGAGAAGCUGCGCUCGGACGUGGCCGUCAAAAUGCAAUUCCUCGACGAGAAUCGCAUUAAAGUGAUGCACAAGCAACUGAUUCUGCUGCACAAUGCCAUCGCUGCCUACUUCUCGGGCAAUGCCAUGGCAUUGGAGAGCACUCUGAAGCAGUUCAACAUAAAGCUUAAGUCACCCAAUGCCGUCACUGGAUCCUGGCUGGAGCAGUAGAUCGAGUAGACGCAGUUAAUCCCUCCCACUCGCGAAGCACGUUGCAGACGGCACCUUGGAGGAGAUCGGGACACGUCGUCCACCUCCACUCACUUGCUGAACGAGCACGCUCUCUAAAAGAAAAAAAGAAAAGAUCGGUGGCAGAGAUGAUCAGUAUCCGAUGCAGUGGACAGACACACUGCAUGACGAACCAUAACAAUAUUUUCGCUAAGUUUAAGUCGAAUUCCUAAGCCGUAAGCAGAAAGUGAGAGUGGUAGCUGUAUGUUAUUUAUAUAUUUUUCCAACCGCUUUCCACUGUAUGUAACUCUAUGUACUACUCACAUUUCCACAGCUGGUACGCUGACGUUCCUUUAGCUUGUGUUUCCAAAUUUUCGUUCGAUUAUCAUCAUAUUGUUGACCUCUGCGCUUGUAUAACAUUUAUAACAAAAAGUACGCGGUGCAAUAUGAGUGUUUUAGUUAUAGAUAUUCUAGAAUGUGUGUAUAAAUCCUUUGUAAUUGACCCAAAACGAGUAAUCCAUAACGAAUCGAAACUGUUUUUGCGAGCUUGCAUAAUUUGAAAUCAUUGUUUUACUAGUCAACGUAUUAUUUACACUAAAAUGAAGUCUAUAUAUAUAUAAAAAAAUAUAUGAAUAAAAACUAUUUAAUUACACCAAA